ACAACCCCUCCACCCCACACUCCUCCUAUCACCAAGUGCCAUACUUUGAGUCUGCCUAUCUCCAAAUCAACCAAAGAUGUUGAUUAAGGAAUCGCACACAGACGUCUCUACCCAGGCGGGUGGAACCAUGAGGAUCUUCCUCUUCCACCCCAUCAUUCCCGGCUAUCCCAAAGCGAAGUUCCCUGGUGUUGUCGUCUUCAGCGAAAUCUACCAAGUCACCGGUCCCGUCUCCCGCUUUGCCCGCCAAAUCGCCUCCCAAGGCUACAUCGUCGCAGCCCCCUCCUCAUACCACGAAUUCACCUCUCCCUCGCCCCUCGCCUACGACGUCCCCGGCACCGACGCCGGCAACCAAUGGAAAAUCACCAAAGAGCUCGCCGCCUACGACGAAGACGCCACCCUCUCCAUCGACACCUUACUCUCCCUCCCGACGUGCAACGGCCGCGUGGGGACAACGGGAAUGUGUCUGGGCGGCCACCUCGCCUACCGCUGUGCUAUGGAUCCCCGCAUCUCGGCCGCGGUGUGCUACUUUGCGACCGAUAUCCACAGCUCGACUCUAGGCAAGGGGAAGAGCGACGACAGUCUCAGGCGCACGGGGGACAUCAAGGGCGAAGUCGUCAUGAUUUUCGGGAAGAACGAUACCCAUGUGCCCCCUGAGGGGCGGGAUCUGAUUCGCAGGACUAUGCACGAGGCUGGGGUGAAUUUCUCGUGGUAUGAGAUUGCGGGGGCGCAGCAUGCUUUUAUUAGGGAUGAGCUGUCCAAGGGGAGGUAUGAUGCGGCGAUCAGUGGCGUGUGCUUUGAAAUGUUGAAAGAGUUGUUCAAUCGGACGCUGAGGAGCGAUUUGGGGGAGAGGGAGGGUGGAGUUGAGGAGGUGGAACACGUAUGUUAAUCGGGCACGUUCAGUAGAGGGGCAUCCAGCAGGAGCAUACGCUUGAACAUGCGUGGUGUAGAGGCACCAAGAUUGAUAGAUCUUUAGCGCAAGCAGUGGAGCUUCAUACACACAGCUUGAACUACGAAUAGGGCGCCUCGGCGGUUGAUGUCAAUUCUUUCAUGAGUGCUACAACCAAGUAGUAGGGAUGUUGCGCGCUGUUCUAGAUCUAGAAAACUCCAUUCUUUUUAUUCAUGAGUCCUUUCAACUU